AUGCAACCUUACCGCAACUGUGACGUCAAACGACGCUUGCCUGGUUGCAUUAUAAUUGGCACUCCGAAAUCCGGCACAAAAGCAUUAAUUGAGUUCAUCGGGGCUCAUCCUGACGUCGAAAUUGCCCAGGGAGAGGCAAAGUUCUUCAAUCGGAAUGAUAACUACUACAAAGGCUACCAGCAUUAUCUGAAAAAAAUGCCUCUAUCUUGUCCAGAUCAGAUUACGCUAGAGAAAUCACCCGAAUAUUUCUAUAGCCGUGUCGCCCCCUAUCGAAUUCACAAAAUGAACCACAGUAUCAAGUUAAUCAUCAUCGUUAAGGAUCCCGUCCAAAGAGCUAUAUCGGACUAUAUUCACCGACGAACUACGUUCUCUGGAAGGAAAGAGACCAACUACACUUUUGAGGAGCUGGUAUAUGAUAACAGCACGAAAAAACUGCGAACUCAGUAUUUGCCAGUGAUUCGAUCAAUCUACUAUCGUUACAUACUCAACUGGUUGACUUACUUUUCUCCCAACCAAAUCCAUGUCGCCGACGGCAAUAAUUUGAUUGUAGAACCGCAAGACGAACUUUCAAAAGUGCAAGAUUUCCUGGGUCUUGAACGGUUGAUAACCAAAGAUAGUUUUGUAUACAAUUCGACCAAGGGUUAUUAUUGUUUAUGGACGCAUUCAAGCACUCAGUGUUUGGCACCAUGCAAAGGUCAUAAAAAUCAUUCCGUCAGUCCCGAAUUGGUCAACAAACUCAAUCUAUAUUUCAAACCUUAUAAUGAAUUAUUUUUCAAUAUUAUUAACAAGCGUCUUUCAUGGAGUUGA